GUCAAUCGAUGUCAACAAGACGACGCUAUUUUUCAUUCAUUUCAUUUUACAUGUAUUAAAUAAUUUAUUUAAUUGACAUUGGCAGAAUUAUGCGUAAUGCGCAGAUAAGCCAUUAAAUAAAAAAGAAGAAGAAGCCAUUGGACGCUGAUAUUCCUGUGUUAUUUUAAAUAUCUUGUCAGCAAAUGCAAAAAUGUAAUUUUGCAGAAGUUAACACAAUUUCAAUAUGAGUUCUAUACAAGAGAGACUACAGCUAAAAAGAGUACCUUUGGACACUUGGAACAUCAGAGAACAGUUGUGUUUGGCAUCCGCCGUGGUAAGGAGUGGUGAUCAGAACUGGAUGUCGGUAUCUAGAGCUUUGAAGACUGUCGGGGAGCCAAACAGACCACCUGAUUGGUACUCACAAAAAAGCUGUGCAGCACAAUACGGAGCGCUAUUAGAACAUGUGGAGACACCGAAGAGGAAAAAGAGAAGCUCCGAAGGCGCUGUGGAGACUCCGCAAGAGAGUAUACUGAAGCGACUCACUCAAGAGAGGAUUGUUGAGAUUCAGAAAACGUUGGCCGAAAUGAAUCAGCAGUAUUCUCAAUUGAAGACUGAAAUAACUGAAGUGCGCAAUCCGUCAACGUCCGAUGAGAGGUUAAAAGAACUAUGGGCGAGCAUAGAGGCUAACAAGCGUGCGAAAGAGAGAGAGAACGCCCGCCGCGCCGCGUGGCUGAAAGAGAGGGAGGAACGGCGCGCUCGCGCUGAUAGAACAUGGCGUCCGCCCCAACCUACCACGCCUACCGCACCAGCAACUCCAACGACGCCGUCGUCCCCGCUACUGACGUCACUACUGAAAUCAUCACCAGUGGUGACGACACCACAACACAUAUCACAUCCAGCAAACGUCGUUGAGACUAUUUCUCCUUCUGCCACUGCGCCUACAUUGUCUAUGCUUCUGGAGAAGUCAGCGCCUUCUGGGGCGACACAGCAUGAGAGCAAGCACGCGGCCAUAGAGCAUAUCAAGAGUCAGCUUGUACAAAUAGAGCAACAGCUGAUCGCUAGCACAAGUGCUUCCCCUGUGGCCCCGGUACCCUUACCUCCAGCCGCUCCGGCGAUCGAUAUAGAUGAUAUAGAGAUAAAAGCAGAAGACGUAUAUGCUUUUAAAGAUAUAGACAUCCAUAUACCUCCGGUGACGACUAUGCACAAACCUACAAACAGGGUAUUAGAAAAAUCGCCAUACAAAAAAGAUGAAAUUGAAACAUCUACUAUUGAUGAAUCGCCGGAGAUUGUACAAGAAACCAUUAAGGAGGAACCUAUGGCAAUUGAAGAUAUACCAGAAGAAGUUCAACCGACGCCUUUAGAAACGCAAGUGCCAGAAGUAGAAGAAACGACGGUCGAAGUGGAAGUCCCAUCGCCGCCGCCGCCUCCGCAACCGGAACCGGAAGUGAAGAUCUCCUUCCCGGAAGUGAAAUUCCCAACGCCGGAAAUAAAGGUCAUUCAGCCGGACGAGCACAAGCAGAUUAAAGAGGAAGUCAAAGAACCGGAGGUCGUGAUACCGGAACAGGAAAUCGCAGAAGUUGUACCGGAAGAGGUUACAAUAGAGGAAGUGCCGCAAGUUGCCGCUGUAGAAGAAGAAAAUACUGAGCAACCGAACGAAACACUAGUGGAGGUAUCAACGGAAGCUGUGGAGGAGGAAGCGCCGGCGGAAGUGGUGGUGGGGGAGACCGACUCCCCCUCCCCUCCCACGCGUCCCCCCACUCCGCCUGUGGAACCGGAACCGGAACCAGAACCAGAAAUAAAACAAGAGGAACAACCGGUGGAAGACGAGGAACCCCCAAUUGCUGAAGAACCGGUUGUGCCACCGCCGCUAGAACCGGAAGUAAUAAAAGAAGAGGCGAUCGAACCGCAACCAGAAGAAGAACAACCGAGCACAGAAGAGAUCGUAACAGAAGUGAAGAGAGAAGAAGACGCGGAGGAUUCUAUACCGUUGAAAGAGAUAACGAAAGAAACGCCUCCAUCUCAAGCACCGAAACCGAGAGAAGAAGACUCGCAUACUGAGACAGAUGACGACACGCCUAUGGAGUUGAGCAGAGAGGAAGAGAAAGAUGGCAAAAAGAAGAGAGAUUAUUCCAGGAAGAAGAAAUCUAAUUCGAGAACUUGGUCUGGUUCUGAGAGUGCUCCAGAAUCACCCAGUGCCAGUGACGCGGAAAGGGAACAUAGACUGUGGAAGAAAUCCGUCAUGCUCGUGUACAGCAGGCUGUGCGCACACAAGUACGCGUCGUUGUUCCUCCGACCGAUCAGCGACGAGGAAGCUCCUGGUUACAGCGCUGUUAUAAAAAGACCAAUGGACUUGUCUACGAUACGACGGAACAUUGAGAACGGUGUCAUCAGAACUACAGCUGAGUUUCAAAGGGAUGUCCUGCUAAUGUUAUCGAACGCUCUCAUAUAUAACAGCAGCGAACACAGCGUAUACAGCAUGGCGAAAGAGAUGCACGAGGAGGCUCAGUGUCAACUUGGAAUGUUGUUAGCGGCUCAAGCUCACGCCGGUCUGACAGCGCCGCCGCCGAGACGUAAGCGAAGAAGACCAGAUUCACCUCAACAAGCGACCACGCCCAAGCGACAUUAGACCUUAUGUCAUACGUAAUACGGACUAUAAUUGUAGAAUAAUCGAAAAUAAUAAAGUAUCUUUCUUUUGU